AGUUGAUAAAUAUUAGGCUCAUAUCUCACAAGUCCAUGUCAUUGGCGAGUGAUCAAUAAAAUACUAAGUUAUUUAGUAUUAUGUUCUGUCGUAAUCCUUUCAAGUCACAAGCUUUAAAAGAGGGUGUAAGUGUAACUUUUCAAUUCCUCAACCUCAAGAUAAUAAUAAAGCUAAAUCAUAGUAGUGAGGAGUGACUAGUACAAACAGAAUCCAAAGCUUUUUUUUUCUUCUUCUUCUUCUUCUUUCUAACGCCAUGUCUGGGAGCCACCAAGAGCAGCCACUGUUAGAGAACUCGUUCAUAGAAGAAGACGAGCCGCAAGAAACAGCUUAUGAUUCGUCGGAGAAGAUAGUGGUGGUCGGAGUCGACGAGUCCGAUGACGAGGAGAAUUGGGGGAGAGUGCCCCGAUUCUCGUGGAAGAAGCUAUGGCUGUUCACCGGGCCGGGCUUUCUGAUGAGCAUAGCGUUUCUGGACCCUGGAAACUUAGAGGGGGACCUUCAGGCGGGUGCCAUUGCAGGGUACUCAUUGUUGUGGCUUCUGAUGUGGGCCACAGCAAUGGGCCUCCUGAUCCAGCUCCUCUCGGCACGGCUCGGCGUGGCCACAGGGAAGCACCUCGCCGAGCUCUGCCGAGAGGAGUAUCCUCCGUGGGCCCGGAUAGUGCUCUGGAUCAUGGCGGAACUCGCUCUCAUUGGCUCCGAUAUUCAGGAGGUUAUUGGGAGCGCUAUUGCAAUCAGGAUUCUUAGUCAUGGGGUUGUGCCCCUUUGGGCUGGGGUUGUCAUUACUGCUCUUGAUUGUUUUAUUUUUCUCUUUCUUGAGAACUAUGGUGUGAGGACUUUGGAAGCUUUUUUUGCUAUUCUCAUUGGUGUGAUGGCAAUCUCGUUCGCAUGGAUGUUUGGUGAAGCCAAGCCCAGUGGCAAGGAACUUCUUCUUGGAGUUUUGAUUCCAAAACUCAGCUCCAAAACUAUACAGCAGGCUGUUGGAGUUGUGGGGUGCCUUAUUAUGCCUCACAAUGUGUUCUUGCACUCUGCUCUUGUUCAGUCAAGGCAGGUUGACCGCAGCAAGAAAGGCCGAGUUCAAGAAGCUCUUAAUUAUUACUCGAUAGAGUCCACCCUUGCCCUUGUAGUUUCCUUUAUUAUAAAUAUUUUUGUAACAACAGUGUUUGCUAAGGGAUUUUAUGGCUCUGAACUUGCAAACAGCAUAGGUCUUGUAAAUGCAGGACAGUAUCUAGAGGAGACAUAUGGGGGUGGACUAUUUCCAAUUUUAUACAUAUGGGGUAUUGGAUUAUUAGCAGCAGGCCAAAGUAGCACUAUUACUGGGACUUAUGCAGGACAAUUCAUCAUGGGAGGUUUUCUAAAUUUAAGGUUAAAGAAGUGGAUGAGGGCGUUGAUUACCCGAAGUUGUGCAAUAAUUCCAACUAUGAUAGUUGCUCUUUUAUUCGAUACCUCGGAGGAAUCGUUAGAUGUUUUGAAUGAGUGGCUUAAUGUUCUUCAGUCAGUCCAGAUCCCCUUUGCACUUAUUCCCUUGCUUUGUCUGGUGUCAAAGGAGCAGAUAAUGGGCACUUUCAGAAUUGGUGCUGUCCUCAAGACUACUUCAUGGCUCGUGGCUGCUCUGGUGAUAGUGAUUAAUGGCUAUCUUUUGACGGAAUUCUUUUCCUCUGAAGUGAAUGGACCAAUGAUUGGCACUGUAGUGGGUGUAAUAACUGCUGCAUAUGUUGCCUUCGUAGUAUACCUUAUUUGGCAAGCCAUCACCUAUUUACCUUGGCAAAGUGUAACACAACCAAAGACAAUUGCUCAUUCAGAGGGUUGAGGUUGAGUGAUCAAUCUUUAAAAUCGCGGAAUAGGAAGUGCCAUCCAUUUUUAAGUAUGCUCAUGCUUGUUUGUUACUCGUGUGACAAGUUGAUGCAAUAGGUGGUGGCACCUUAUUCUUUGCCUGUAAUUAUAAACUAUGUCAGAGUAGAUUUUAGCUCUGUAUUAGUACUUUCAAAUUUUGUUGUCAAAAUGCCUUGGCAACACUCUAAUUAGUUGAGACACCUUCGAAGCUGUAGUGUGCAAACCAGCAAUGUAGUUCUUUUUCCUUGCUCCCUCGAUUUUACUCAUAUUCUAUAGGGUAAUAAUCUUUUAAGGUUGUAGCAUGAAACAAUCUUUCAAGGUUGAAGCAUGAAACAAAUCUUUUAAGGAUGAAACACUCUGAUUAGUUGAGACACCUUUGAAGCUGUAGUGUCCAAACAAGCUAUGUAGUUCUUCUGUUUAACAACUUAUUGAGAGAAUUGAAUGAUUUUUAUUACA